AUGAAACUGAAUUAUUUUGCCUGCUUCUCUACCCUAGCUGCGACAGUCUCGUCACAACUCCUCGUUCUGCCCUUCGGCCGCCACCCCGCGUCUGACGAACGACCGCUCAAGAUGGAUCCAGUAGGCCCAGGAGGCCCGUCGGCGCCAUCGGCGCAGGGAGGCGUGAUACUGUCCGAUGUCAUGGGCAAGGAACGGAGCGUCAACAUUUUUGCGGGCUUCACACGCGAUGUCGUGUCGAUAUCGCAUCGUCUGGACGACUCGUCCCAGAACUCGACCAUUCUCGCCCCGCUGAACUCAGCCAUCGAGAAGCUGCCGCGCAAGCCGUGGGAGGAUGCCCGAGACUACGAAACCCUAGGCACCAAUGCCUAUGAAGGGGGAGAUGGACAAGAGAGGGCACAGCGAAACAUCCGCAGGUUUGUCGAGGCGCACGUGGUCCCGAGCAGCCCGUGGCAGGAGAGGGAGAAGGUCAAGACGUUGCUGGGCGACAGGGAGGUAUGGUGGGAGAGUAAAGAUGGGAAGAAGCUGAUACAACCGGAUAACAUCGAGGUCGACAGCGUUGCAAGUCAAGUUGGCAAUGGCGAGGUCUGGAUCAUUCGUGGGGUUCGAAACUACUCAUAG